ACUUCAUCCUGGCCAACGCUCAGGUUCACCGCGGCUUCCCUAUCGUCUAUUGCUCUGACGGCUUCUGCGACCUCACCGGCUUCGCCCGCACCGAGGUCAUGCAGAAGAACUGCAGCUGUCGCUUCCUGUACGGGGCCGAGACCAGCGAGUCCGUCCUGCAGUGCAUCGAGAAGGUGCUGGAUGGGAGGCAGGAGUACCAGACUGAGGUCUGCUUCUACAAGAAGGGCGGAGCUGCCUUCUGGUGCCUGCUGGACAUCGUGCCCAUCAAGAACGAGAAGGGGGAGGUGGUUCUCUUCCUCGUCUCCUUCAAGGACAUCACGGAGAGCCGGGGCAAGAGCCACCCGGGAGACAGGAGAGAUGAGAAGCACCGGAGCAAGAAGGCGGGGAGCUCCCACCUGCGGGCGGCGCGCAGGCAGGGCCGGACGGUGCUGCACCAGCUCACGCGUCAGUUCACCGGCAAGGAGCGGGGCGAGAUGAAGAUCAACAGUAGCGUCUUUGGGAGCAAGCCGUCUGUUCCCGAGUACAAAGUGGCCUCAGUGCAGAAAUCCCGCUUCAUCUUGCUGCACUACAGCAUCUUCAAGGCCCUGUGGGACUGGCUCAUCCUGCUGGCCACCUUCUACGUGGCCGUCACCGUCCCCUACAACGUCUGCUUCACCGGCACCGAGGACAGUCUGGCCGCCGCCCGCAGCACCAUCGUCAGCGACAUCGCCGUGGAGAUGCUCUUCAUCCUGGACAUCGUCCUGAACUUCCGCACCACCUUCGUCAGCCAGUCGGGGCAGGUAGUGUACGACACCCGCUCCAUCUGCAUCCACUACGUGGCCACCUGGUUCUUCGUGGACCUGAUCGCGGCCUUGCCCUUCGACCUCCUGUACGCCUUCAACGUGACCGUGACCUCGCUGGUGCACCUGCUGAAGACCGUGCGUCUCCUGAGGCUGCUGCGCUUGUUACAGAAGCUGGACCGCUACUCCCAGUACAGCGCCAUGGUGCUCACCCUGCUCAUGUCCAUGUUCGCCCUGCUCGCCCAUUGGCUGGCCUGCAUCUGGUACGUGAUCGGCCGGAAGGAGAUGGAAAGUAACGACCCCCUGACCUGGGACAUCGGCUGGCUCCACGAGCUGGGCAAGAGGCUGGAGGCGCCCUACGUCAACAGCUCCCUGGGGGGCCCGUCUGUCCGCAGCACCUACAUUGCCUCCCUCUACUUCACCCUGAAGAGGAGCUCGGCCCUGGGCUGCUGCAGCCUGGGACCCGGGCUCCCUGCUCCCUUGGCGCUGACACGGCGCCGGGCUCUCCCCGCAGCCCUGAUGCACGCUGUGGUGUUUGGCAACGUCACGGCCAUCAUCCAGCGCAUGUACUCCCGCCGUUCCCUCUACCACACCCGCAUGAAGGACCUCAAGGACUUCAUCCGCGUGCACCGCCUCCCGCAGCAGCUCAAGCAGAGGAUGCUGGAGUACUUCCAGACCACCUGGUCGGUGAACAACGGCAUCGACGCCAACGAGCUGCUGCGCGACUUCCCCGACGAGCUGCGGGCCGACAUCGCCAUGCACCUCAACAAAGACAUCCUGCAGCUGCCGCUCUUCGAGACGGCCAGCCGGGGCUGCCUGCGCGCCCUGUCCCUGCACAUCAAGACCUCCUUCUGCGCCCCUGGCGAGUACCUGCUGCGCCAGGGCGACGCCCUGCAGGCCCACUACUUCGUCUGCUCCGGCUCCCUCGAGGUUCUGAAGGACAACAUGGUGCUGGCCAUCCUGGGCAAAGGGGACCUGAUCGGGGCCGACCUGCCAGGCAAGGACCAGGUGAUCAAAACCAACGCGGACGUCAAGGCGCUGACCUACUGCGACCUGCAGUACAUCACCCUGCGCGGCCUGGUGGAGGUGCUGGAGCUGUACCCCGAGUACUCCAGCAAGUUCAUGGCCGACAUCCACCAGGACCUCACCUUCAACCUGCGGGAAGGCAGCGAGAUCGAGGGGCUCCUGCGAUUUCCCAGAUCCCCUCGGUUAUCCCAGCCUCGCCCCGAGAGCGGCGCCAGCCCCGAGAAGCCCCUCCACUCCAUCCUGGAGGACGAGGAGGAGCCCGACGACGUCUUCCACCCUUCGCCCGCCAGCCUGACCCACCGCAAGCUGCUGCUGCCCACCCUGCACAGCCCCGUGCGGCGUGGCUCUCUCAGCAGCCUGUUGGGGGACGAGCUGCGCCAGUUCUCAGCCCUGCGCCGCACCUGCCGCUCCCCCGCCCGCUGCAGCCGGGGCAGGAGCCCCUCUCCGCGGUGUCCGAGAGACAGCGAGAGAAGCAACGGCCGCAAGCCAGCCAAGCUCCUAAUCCCCUCCCUGCACACCUCCGGCCCCCCGGACCUGAGCCCCAGGGUUGUUGACGGGAUCGAGGAUGAUGGCGGGACAUCGGAGAUGCAAACCUUCCAUUUCAACGUGGAGCCGCCUCGGCAGAGCUCGGUCGUAGACUCGCCGACGUCCGGGACGGAUGAGGCCAGCCCAGCCUUAGGUGCAGAAGCGGAGGAGAUAAAGCAGAACGUCAGCAGACUGAACCACGAGAUCAAUAACCUCAACCAGGAAGUUUCCCACCUCAGCCGGGAGCUGCAGCGCAUGAUGCACCUACUCCGCAGCCAGUUGCUGUGUGCCCCAGCCUUGGCCUGCCCCUACGGCCUCCCCGUUCUCUCCUCCCCACCCCCGAAACCCAGCAGCGGGAGCGAGCAGCCGCCCAGACUGCCCCCAGCGGCAGUGCCGUCUCGUCUGCCUUCGGCUCACGCCUCCAUCUCGGUGCCGCUGUCACCGCCGCCGGGGGAUGCUGGAGUCUCUCCCGGCACCACCUCUGCCGAGGUCCCUGGCUCCCGGAGCUCGCCCCCAGACAGCCCCCGGGAGCCGGAGGGGCUCCACGCUUCCAGAGACUCAUCCCACGCGCCUUCCAGCCGUUACCGCCUGCCCCGGGCGGACGUGGACGGGGCCCACCUCCCACCGACACAAGCUGCCCCGCUCUGCGGUCAGACUCCCAGUCUUCCCUACUCGCUCGCAGGCUCCCCGGUCCUGUGCCCUCAGCCCUCGCCCCCUGCCGGCCCUGGCCCGGCCUUCCCCAACUGCUCCUCUCAGAGCCACCCCACGCCACACCGCUGCUGCAGAUCAGACUCGGAAAGCUUCCAUUGACGCCCCCCCCCCCGCCUUCUGCCCAUAACCCCCUGCCGCGCCCCCACCUCCUGCACCGCUCGCCUGGGAGCUGCAGCGAGCCAAGCGGAUGGAGUGCGCUGUGGGGGCCUCACCAGCGGUUUCCAGUGAUGUCGAUGGCUCCUUUCUGCCAGCGUCGAUUUUCCUUCUCUCUGCAGGUGAAUUGCAAGAGUUGGGGGCCGGGCGGGGGGUGGACGAGAGCCCCCAUGGCUCUUCCAGGGCACUUCCCGCUCCAGGUGUGACCCCACCUGCUCACAGCGCUGCGGAGCGGGCGCAUUUUCUACAAAAUGACGUUUUUUGUUUGUGAUGAGGAAUUUAUUCUGAGAGCCUUAGAACUCCUCGGAGGACCUGUCCUCUGCCCCCCGGACCAGCCCCACGGGUGCCCUGCAGGCCUGGAGCGCCCCCAAGCCAGGUACCUCUCUGCUCCCCUGGCGGGAGUUCGAUACGCCGCUCUCGCCGCAGCCUUCUGCUCCCAUCGUCAGUAUGUGUUUGCCUGACUUGGACGGGGUCAGGUCCCGCGGAGGGGGUGGGGGCUGCGCUGGUGGCCCAGCGGGGUCGGGCUGGGUGUAACUUCCAGAGCGAACGGCCUGUAUGAAACGUACGAUGCUGGAAACCAGGCCCGGCAGGGCCGGACCAGCUCUGGCUGACCCCACCCGACUCUGUGGAAGUCCCCGGGGCAGUAGUUUGCAGGGCUGGACUGUGCAGCCCCUGGGUCAGUCCCGUAAUCUCUCCGCCUCCCCCCGGGGCCGAUUCAGAGCCGCUUUGUGUUCGGCAGCUUAGGGCUGUUUCGAGGCGUUGCAAGGUUGUGUCUGGAACUCGCCUUACGGAUGUAGCUGGGGGAGGGGGAGCUCUGCCCAUUUGGGGAGCGUGACAGCAACUCCCCUGGGGCUGGGGGUCACAUCUCCACCUGCUACACAGCCCUCUCCUUCCGCCCAAGCCGCAGCUCCUCAAAACUGUAACCCCUGGCUCAGUGCGUGUUGGAUGUGUCACCCCGCUGCGGGGGUGGAGGGGGACGUGCACGUGAUCCGCCAGCAUCCUCUGUUCCAACACAGCCCUGCCUGGCCGCCCUGGCUCCUGGGUGUCCUCUGCACUGGCCGAGGCCUCUCGUCCGGGCACGUGCAUCCCCCAACCAGCCUCCGGAGGCUGCAGGCCACGCAGGGCCAUGGCUGGCUCUGAGAUGGAUUUCAACACCUCUAGGCUGUUGCCACCAAGUGCCCGGUGGCAUUUCCCGGCUUGCUCCCCCCCAUGGGACCUCAGCUGCCCCCGCCACAAGCCGCCAGCAUCUCCUGCUCCUCUGUGUGAAGGAGCGGGGGGCAGGGGGAGGCCGGAUGAGCCCCGCUCCAGGGAACGGGGGGUGGGUGGGGAGGCCUUAGUGCUCAGGUUUAGGAUAGCAGGGGAAGUCCCUUUGCCCAGGUGGAACUUCCCCACAAAGCUGCCUGUUCCCACUGCCCCGGGCACAUGGCCAGGCCCCGGCCGGGUGGGGUCGCUUUGCGGCCUGCAGCCCCAGCUCUGCAAACCAGCAGAGGCAGGGGGGAUUUAAAGCCUUUUGAUAGUUUUUUUCCCAAAGGUUUUUUAACAUUUUUUAUUUCCUGGUGGGAUUUUUCUCCCCCGCCCCCGAUGACACGGAUGGGCAGCUCUGGGCCAGCACGGGGGGAGCCGGCCCCUGCUCUGGGCAGGGCUGGUGCUGCUGUCUGUAUGGCUGGUGACUCGGCCCCGUGCAUUGAGUUUGGGGGGUCUCAGGCCUGUUCUCAGCGGGCCAAGGAGAGGGGCAGCCGAGCCAGAGGCCCUGCUCAGCCCCUGUCCUAGGCUGGGAGCGCGGGCUCCAGACUGCCGGGCGCAGCGCCGGCCCUCGCUCUGAAAAGCAAAGGAGCCCGCAGGACAGGCCUGGCUGGGCGAGGGGAGCUAGCGGCUCGGGACACUGGGUGUCCUCAUUCCCGGUGGCACCAUAUCAGCCCCUGGGGGAUGGAGGUUUCCCGAAUGGCCUUCGGGGACUCCCCCCACCCCCCGGCUCAUCCCCGAUGGGCCAGUGGCAGCUGGAGCCCUCAGCUGGGCGGGGCCGGCCCGUCAGCGCUCUGGGGUCAGCUGGGCAGAGCUGGGGGGUAGGCGCAGGGCAGGGCACACUCUGGGUGCCCACCGGCCUGGCAGCGCCAGCACUGACCCCCACACCCCGGCGCUGUCUCUGAUUUCCCCAUAACAUGUCCGGGGAACCCCCUGGCCUGCCCCGUGGGCUCAUGGGUAUUCCUCCCCCCCCUUUGAUACAGCUGCCACGGUGGUGACAUGACAGUCGUCCCUGCGACUGUUGGCCACUGUCCUGGGAACAGGCAGAGCCCUCCCUGUGCCGAGCUCUGGCUGCUUGUCCCAGGAGUGCUGCACCAGCCUGGCUAUUCGGGGUGAGCACGUACCAGCCAUGGGGGCACUGCCCAAGGAGACGCCUCUGUCGCCAUCCUUCCCCCCCGCUGAGACAACCUGGCUUGGCUGCUACCCGUCCCUCUCCUCCCUGGGCCCAGAGGCGCACUGACUGCAGCCUUCGCCCAUCCCGUAACCCCUCUGCUGCUGCAGCGCUCGGCUCCGGGGCUCCGCUCCCCGCAGGGAAGUUUUGUGCUUCUCUAGAAUUUUGUUCCAUUUUAUUUUUGACCCCCCCCACACAAAUGACCACCCCCCCUUGUCUGCCACCAGCAUGCGCCACCGCUGCUACCCACUGCCCAGCCACCACCUCCAUGGUGCUGCAAAGACACAACCUGUAAUAAAAGCUCUAUUUUUACA